ACUUGAAUUCUUGGUUGGAAAGAAUAUAGUGCUAAGCGAGUUUUUUCUUUUAAGAGUUUAUAAGAUUCUUAAUUUUUUAUUCAGAUCGACACUGAGUUUUAAUAUCAUUGAUAGAAGUUAAGUCUUUUAACAAUAUUUAUUUUCUUGUUUAGAUUUAAUGUAUUUACAAGUUUAAGAUCACCUGAUUUCAACAAUUGUUAGUUUGUGAUCUACAAAUUAAAAAUAAAGAGAGUCACUUCUUACUUCGAAAUACAUUAGUUGAUCACAUAUGCAUUACGAAAAUAGUUUUAUAGAAUAAUAUAGUAUUUUCUUGAAGUUUAAUAUUAAUUAUGUUAUUUCUAUUUAAAAUUUGUAUUUUAAUAUAAAAUUUUAUAAGUUCAUACUGUUAUAAUAUUUUUAUAUAUGUGCUUAGUUAUUUACGAAACUUUUAUGAAUCUAAACUAUUAAAACAGAAGUACAAGUUUGAAAUACCUCUUAGUUUUCCUCAAUAAUUACAAUCUUGUGCCACUACGUUUAAAUUUUAAUCAAAAAAAAAAAUAUUGUUACUUACCAAAAUCGUAGGAUCUAUAUAUUUACCUUAAGUAAAAAAUAUAUAUAUGACUACUUAAUGACUGUGUCACGUUAUGGCCAAACAAACAAAGCUCUAAACUAUUAAAACUGAAGUACAAGUUUGACUUAACCCUUAAUUCACCUUUAUAAUUACAACUCUAUGCCACUGUUUUUAAAUAGCUUCAAUUUACAAAAUAACUAAACCAGCGAAAUUAUAGUCACAUCGCAAACCAACUUUAUCGUGAGUCAUAGCCAAUUAAUUAUCGGUUUAAUAUUGUCUACAAAAUAAAAUCAUAUCACUCCAAAAUUCCAUUCUAUACUUUUAUAUUCUAAACUUUUAUAUAUCAAUUGUUUACGUGUUUGUAUACCAUUUUAAGUGAUUUCUUAUAGACUUUCACUCUAUUUCUAAAUAAUUUUAACCACUUCUUUUAUUAUAUUUUCUAAAUAAAUCGACAUCAUUUAUUACAAAAUACAAAAUAAAACUUACGUAUUUUCAAUUGUUUAUUAUAUCGUUUACAUUCAUUUUCUCACUCUUUUAACUACUUUAUUAAUUAUAUUUACUAUAUGAUUUAUUUUAUAUAUUAACCAUAAGAGUUCAAUAUAUUUGAAUGAAAUUUCUCUAUUUAUGACAAGAAUUCAAAAUAGUUAACAAAGAGUUUAAAAAAAAUUGUUUGCAUAAUCAGUUAUGCACAGACAAUCGGGUACCUCUUCAGCUACGAGUUGUUUCUUUCGGGUAUCAGUUUUUUUGGGUUUUGAAAUUAAAUUUUAUUUGGUAUUAUAAAUUUUCAUGAGGUUUUCAAUUCAGGUGUUCUCAAGUCUGGAUUGAUUCAGUUUUGAUGUACAAAAACCUAAAAAUAUCCAAAAACUGUUAACAAGUAUGGAUAUUUAGGCCAAAAGUAACCAUAUUAACCGAUUCAGUUCGGGUAUUCUGAAUUCAAACUAAAAAUAACCAAAAAUAAUUAUAUUACCCGGUUUGAUUCGGGUUUGAUUCUUAUGUAUAGAAACUUAAAAAUAUUUGAAUACUUAUAUAAUUAAUAAUAUGAUGGUACAUUUAAAAUAUAACACUAAUCAUAAAAAAAAACAAAAUAUCAAUUUACUAAACAAAUAAAAUUAACACCCGCACGGGAGUACGGGUUAUUCUCUAGUAUAUGUUAAAAUAUACUGCAAUAUGAAGGACUCUAUACUAACUUAUCUUCGGUCAUUUUAAAAUAUAUAAUUACAAUCUUGUGACUUUUAAAUUUUUUGUUUUAACUGUACCAAAUCAAAACUAAAAUGGUUAUUAUUUAGUUGAGAGUUGGAAGAAAAAGAAUGGAAGAAAAAAAAAGAGAACGAGAGUGAAAUGGUUAGUUGAUGAACUAUUUUUUUUUUGGUUAUAUGUUCAAAUUUCCCAAACUAAAAUUGUAAAACGAUCUUCAUCAUAGAAUAAAAACAUUAUCAAACGUGGAUUUCAUAGAAUAGCGUAUACACCAUGUUUCUUCAUUUACAAUUAAAAUUGUAGUUGUAGAGUCGUUUAUAAUAUAUAGAGAUCAUAAUUUGUAAUAAUAUAAUUAUUUAAUGUAAAAAAAAAAUUUGAAAUAGACAAAAUGCCACGUUGUCUUAAUCUUAAAUAGGGUUAGGUGUGGACGUACGAUAAGGUCUCCAUUGACUAUAAUGCAGCUCAUGACUUUUAGCCAUACAGUUUUCACAUUAUCGUGUAUAUGAAUCUUAGCCACCAAAAAAUCUACAAGCUCGUAUGAAGAAAUCAUCUGAGCGUAGUGACGUGAUGAAGCACAGCAAUGCUGGCACAGCGUCUUUUUCUAGCUCGUCAUCUGAAGAUCUCUAGGUUUGGAAUUCUUCUCGGUGGAGUGCUCUGAUGACGCACUCUCUAGAGUUCCCAGAUCGAAUCAGUUUCCGCAACUUUAGAGUUAAUAUGGAGAAAUGGAUCCUUACGAUUUUGCUAUUUCUGUUGACGCCUGGGAAGCUUUCAAGUUGAAGAUUCACAAGUAUCCAGUUCAGGAUUUGAAUGAAGGGAGGCUUCUCGAGUCUGCGGAUACAAACGAGGGUGGUGACCCCUCUAGCACAGUAUCCCAUACUUCGCACAUUUAUUCUUCCGGAGAAAUGGAUGACUCCUCUACCACAGUAUCCAAUAUUUCUUCACCCGUCUAUUCUUUUGGAUCUGUCAUCGCGUCUUGGCUGAAGUGUGAACUUCUGGGACGAGGAUCGUUUGGCCCCGUGUAUGAAGGCAUUUCAGGGUAAGUCGUACGGAUUAAAAUUUGAAUUCUUGGUUGGAAAGAAUAUAGUGCUAAGCGAGUUUUUUCUUUAAGAGUUUUUUUUUUGUCAUCAACUUUUACAUACUCAUACUCAAUCUGUAAACCAAACCGGGUGAUCUGCAUCCAUGUGAACGACAAAAGACGGUUACUUCCUAACACUGUGUGCUAGUCUAUCCGCCGUUGAAUUUUGCGUUCUUAGUACAUAGAUAAUAGCUGGUCGGGUGAAGCUCUCUUUUAGGGUCUUGACAUCAUCCAAAUAAUUUGCAAAAGCUGGUCAUUCAUCUGGUUCCGAAACCAUCUUCACCAAUUGAGAACAAUUCGUUGCAAACGUAACCUGAAACUGACGUAAAUUCCUCAUACAUUCCAUUGUCCAGAGAAGCGCUUCCAUCUCCGCAUGAAGAGGAGAGAUACUAGUCCUAACAUUCCCCGCCCCCAACAAUCCUUCAAAUGUUCAUUUCAAACAAUCAAAAUCGAUUUUCAGAAUUAGGGUUUUAGUGUUUCGAUUUUAUUAACAAGCAAUUUCAAUUUCAGGAUGAUCAAAUUCAAUCUCAAUCAAUUAAUCAAUAGUUUUCGAAUUAGGGUUUCGGGAUUUCAAAAAUUUGAUCUUAGAUCAAAGGGAUUUGAUUUGGGAUUCAAAACCUUUAAGGUUCUGAUUUUAAUUGAUCAAUGGAUCAAUCUCGAUUUUUAGGGUUUGGGGAUCGAACUUAUAGAGCUUCGAUUUACUCGCUUAGGGAUUGAUCUAUUAUCCUUUGGCUUUCAUCUUACAGAUUAUAUUUUAGGGUUUCAUUCUUUACAAUCAACCAAAUUUGAUUCCUUAUGUUCUUAGAAUUCGAAAUACCAUUAGUUUAGUUGUUUGUACCGGACCACCAAGAAUGAACCUCGAGCUUAGACACGAUCGGGACGCGAGCUGGCUGGGACGCGAGCUGCUUCUAUCGGAUCGCGAGCGGCUCUGAUGCGAACAGGAGAUGUUGCUGUCGGAUCGCGAGCUGUCCUUGAUGUAGGAUGGAGCUGAGUUCGUCUAGGAUCAGGAACGCCUUGGGGCUGGAGCUGAUCAGGUGGACACGAGCUGGAACGGAGUCGCAAACAGAUUAGGGUUCGUCGGGUUCGGAUUAGGGUUCCAAAGCAAAUCGGCGCGCACUGUAUCUGUGCGUGAGGGCGCGUCGGUGGUCAGAUCGACAAGCGGUUUGCACUGACUGAUUCGUCUCGGCCAGGACUUCGAUUUGAUAUCUUGAUCGUUUUUUGGGUCCUCACGGUUUGGGAGAACGGCCUCUUCGAAGUUCCGAGGCAGAUUCCUUUUCAUUUAGGGUUUUUGGGUUUUAGCGAUUUGGUUUUAGGCUCAGGGUGUUAGAGGCUAUCGUGCUGAUAACGUGUUAUGAACUUAAGGUUUAGGAAUCUGUAAGUUGUGUGUAUUAUUACUCAAUCAUAAGAUGCCCUUAUAUAUGAGACAUACAAAGAGAUAAAAGGAAAGACAUAAAUAUGGAAAGUGUACAAAUACAAGGAAAGAGAAAUAGGGUUUCCUUUUCUUUAAAGCCUAAGCCGCCUCUCUCUCCUCUUCAUGCGGCCGUCUCUCUCUCUCUCUCUAGGGUUUGACUGUCUCUCUCUCUCUUGAUAUUGGGCCGGUUAUAGACUAGGCCGGUUAUAGACCGGGCCGGUUAUAGAUCGGGCCGGUUAUGGACAUCCAUCGUAUGGUUUAUAAAAUGCUUCACGUUAUGGCCAAACAAACAAAGCUGAUCAACCUUCAUAUAUGUUAAAAUAUACUGCAAUAUGAAGGACUCUAUACUAACUUAUCUUCGAUCAUUUUAAAAUAUAGAAAUAUUAAGAAAAUAUUUUUCCUUACCUAACAAGUUAUUUUAAGCAGUGCUUUUCAAUAUAGGGUUUUAAAAUAAGAAUAAUUGUUAGUAUAUUGUAACAAAUAUACUAUAAUAUGAAGAAUCAUUAUUAUAUUCAAAUAUAAACUAUAAACCCUAAAAUCAUAACUCAACAUAAAAUAUAAACCCUAAAACAUAUCUCCAAACCCUCUAUUGAUAGAUAAUAGAUAGUUAUAAAUUUUAUAAUAUUUUAGACAACUACUUAGAAUAAGAUUUUAAAAUAACAAUAUAUGUAGUUUCAUUUAUUUUUUAUUUUUUUGAAACGAACAAUAUAUGUAGUUUCAAUAUUUUUUUUUUCACCUAAAACCUUAAACAAAAGCUGUUUUGCUAUUGGUUUACGAGUUUUACUUUUAUACUAACCAUAUUUGAAUAACUAUCUUAACAAAAUUCUAACAAAACGAACAAACAAUUUACAUUUCAGUUAUCAAACCAGAUUUUUAUUUUCAAUUUAUCAAAAUAAUAUUUUCGAAUAUGAUUUUGAUAAAGAACAAAUCCCGCGCUUUUAAAGCGCGGGUCAAAAUCUAGUUUAAAAUAAUUAUGACAAAUAUAAUGACCAUAAGAUAAAAUACAAAUAGUUUUGAAGUUAAGUUUGAAGUUUUACUUUUGGAGAAUAACACUUUUAAAAUUCAAAUAUAGAGCUUUUGAAAUUUCAUAAUAGAGUGUCUUUUUGGAGAUGCUCUUAGAACAUAUAAUUUCACGGAACAAUUUUAAUUUAACGUUUUCACAUUUAAAUACUUUUGCUAAUAAUUUUUUCUGUAUAUAUAAAAUUUAUAACUUUGAUAACAAUAAUAUUUUUUUAGAAUUUGAAGCUGCUUAUAGAGCUUUUUGAAAAAAAUGGUUCUUAUAAAAAAAUUAAAAAUUAUUAAUAUUAAAAAAAUUGACUUUUCAAUUUUUUGUUUUAACUGUACCAAAUCAAAACUAAAAUGGUUAAUUUUUAGUUGAGAGUAGGAAGAAAAAGAUAGGAUGAAAAAAAAGAGAGAAAUAAAGUGAAAUGGUUAGUUGAUGAACUAUUUUUUUUUUGGUUAUAUGCUCAAAUUUCCCAAACUAAAAUUGUAAAACGAUCUUCAUCAUAGAAUAAAAACAUUAUCAAACGUGGAUUUCAUUGAAUAGCGUAUACACCAUGACUCUUCAUUUACAAUUAAAAUUGUAGUUGUAGAGUCGUUUAUACUUAUAUAGAGAUCAUAAUUUGUAAUAAUAUAAUUAUUCAAUGUAAAAAAAAAAAAAACUUGAAAUAGACAAAAUGUCACGUUGUCUUAAUCUUAAAUAGGGUUAGGUGUGGACGUACGAUAAGGUCUCCAUUGACUAUAAUGCAGCUCAUGACUUUUAGCCAUACAGUUUUCACAUUAUCGUGUAUAUGAAUCUUAGCCACCAAAAAAUCUACAAGCUCGUAUGAAGAAAUCAUCUGAGCGUAGUGACGUGAUGAAGCACAGCAAUGCUGGCACAGCGUCUUUUUCUAGCUCGUCAUCUGAAGAUCUCUCGGUUUCGAAUUCUUCUCGCUGGAGUGCUCUGAUGACGCGCUCUCUAGAGUUCCCAGAUCGAAUCAGUUUCCGCAACUUUAGAGUUGAAUAUGGAGAAAUGGAUCCUUACGAUUUUGCUAUUUCUGUUGACGCCUGGGAAGCUUUCAAGUUGAAGAUUCACAAGUAUCCAGUUCAGGAUUUGAAUGAAGGGAGGCUUCUCGAGUCUGCGGAUACAAACGAGGGUGGUGACCCCUCUAGCACAGUAUCCCAUACUUCGCACAUUUAUUCUUCCGGAGAAAUGGAUGACUCCUCUACCACAGUAUCCAAUAUUUCUUCACCCGUCUAUUCUUCUGGAUCUGUCAUCGCGUCUUGGCUGAAGUGUGAACUUCUGGGACGAGGAUCGUUUGGCCCCGUGUAUGAAGGCAUUUCAGGUGAUGGAGGCUUCUUUGCUGUCAAGGAAGUUUCACUACUUGAAUAUGGAAGUCAGGCACAAGAGUGCAUACAAGAACUCGAAAGGAUUUCAUUACUAAGUCAGCUUCAGCAUCAGAAUAUCGUGAGAUAUCGUGGCACAGCCAAGGAUGGGUCGAAUUUGUACAUCUUUCUUGAGCUUGUAACCCAAGGUUCUCUUCUAAAAGUUUACCAAAGAUACCAGCUCCCGAACUCUCUAGUGUCCACGUACACAAGACAAAUCCUUGAUGGCUUGAAAUAUCUCCGUGGAGAAGGUUUUAUCCACCGGGACAUCAAAUGUGCAAAUGUAUUGGUGGAUGCCAGUGGAUCUGUUAAGCUUGCAGAUUUUGGAUUGGCAAAGGUGUCACAAUUGAACAACAUCAAGUCCUGCAAAGGGACUCCAUUCUGGCUGGCUCCAGAGGUUAUUAACCUGAAGCGUACUGACGGGUAUGAAAGUUCAGCUGAUAUAUGGAGCCUUGGGUGCACAGUGCUAGAAAUGCUGACUCGUCAGAUCCCCUACGCCGAUCUAGAAAACCCUGUUCAAGCUCUGUUUAGGAUCGGAAGGGGUGAGCUUCCGGACAUACCUGACACAUUAUCACUAGAUGCUAGAGAUUUUAUAAUUAAAUGUCUCAAAGUGAACCCGGAGGAGCGGCCAACUGCGGCUGAGCUGCUGAACCAUCCAUUUGCAUCUUCUGGCUCGAGCUGAGAAUCAGGAUCUCUGCUUGCUUCUCCAUAGACGAGGCUAACUUGGUAGAUAAAUCAGAAUCAAGAACUGUAGAUUCUAAAAUUGAUUUCCUUAUGUAUGUGAGCAGGCUAUGCAGAAUAUUUGUGUAAGAUGGAUAAGACCCCAUAGAAACUAAAAACUAUUUGGGGAAAGUCGAGACAUGAUUCUUCAAUACAUGUUUCCGAUUCAGUUGGGCAGCAAGAGCUAAACUGCAUGGAUACAUAACAUUUAGAUUGUUUAUGGCUGAUUCAUUGGUUAUUUGUUGUUUAAGUUA